AUGGGGAUUUCGAGCGUGGUCGUAUUGACAAGUCUGCUUGCAGCUCUGAUCGAUGCCGUCCCUCUCGUGAAGCGAGCCGAAGCCGUGGUGCAGGGGAAACUAGGAACAGAUGGAUACUGGAACGAUUAUGACGGCGGAUCAAACCACUAUCUACAAUACGAAGGAAACGGCUCAGUGGCCGCAGGAUGGCCGUCCGAUCUGACCUGGGUCUCCUUCAACGACCUAUGGGUGGCCAACCAACAUACAAUCAGUCGGAGCUGCGACAUCCUAUAUGGCGCGCCCAACAAUUCCGACCAGGAGACCCAGGACCUCUACGACGCCAUCAAGCAGGUUGCCCAUCAGACACGGGUCGACCAUCGCUUCAUCCUCGCCGCCGUCCUCCAGGAAACUAAAGGCUGUGUGCGUGCAAAGACCAGUGUCUCGCCUGAUGGGAUUCGGAAUCCGGGACUCCUUCAAUCCUUCAAGGGGAGUCAUUCCUGCAACGAUGGUGGGAAAGUACAGAAUCCGUGUCCUAAGGGUCAGAUCGUGGGUAUGAUUCAAGAUGGAGUCGCCGGUACAUCGGAUGGCCAAGGGUUCGCAACCAAUAUCAAUGCCCAGAGCGAUGUCGACGGUAUUGAUUAUGCUGAAGCGUACUAUCGAGCUGCCAGGCUGUACAACUCUGGUGCCAUCGACGGGUCGGGGGAUCUGGGGAAGGGCUCUGCCACGCAUUGCUAUGCUAGUGAUAUUGCCAAUAGAUUGGUUGGAUGGACGGAUAGCCAGUCGACAUGUACUUUGGAUGACACGUAG